GAGUCUCCCCCCUCCCCUCCCACUGUCUGUACAGCAGCAGCACAGAAUCCCCGCACCCUCCCUGUGUCUCCCUCCCUCCCAUAUCGGGCUCUGCGGCUCUGUGUCUGCAAGGAGAGAAGGGAGACCGAGGGCAGCCUGCAGCCGGGGUACUCAGCUACAAUGGAUCUCUCCUUGGCAGAAUCCUUCGAAGCCGCUUACUUACGGGAGCUGCUGAAAAAUGUUUCUUUGUCUGAACUCAGUAAUUUUUACAACAGCACAGGGGACCGGUUCCUUCCACUGGGGAUCAAAGUCACCAUUGUGGUGGUCUAUCUGAUUGUCUGCGUGGUGGGUUUAGUUGGGAAUUGUGCCGUGAUGUAUGUCAUCGUCAGAUAUACCAAGAUGAAGACUGCAACAAACAUCUACAUUUUCAACCUGGCUUUAGCAGAUGCCCUAGUCUUGGUCACCCUGCCAUUCCAAGGCACUGAUAUCUUUAUGGGAAUCUGGCCAUUUGGCAAUGUUCUCUGCAAGAUUGCCAUUGCCAUAGAUUACUACAACAUGUUUACGAGCACCUUCACCCUGACCAUGAUGAGUGUUGACCGCUACAUUGCCAUCUGCCACCCAGUCAAGGCACUUGAUAUCCGUACCCCACAUAAGGCCAAGGUAAUCAAUGUCUGCAUCUGGAUCCUGGCCUCAUUCAUUGGAAUUCCUGUUAUGGUCAUGGGUUCUGCUGAGAUGGAGAAUGAUGAGAUUGAGUGCCUGGUUCAGAUCCCCCCUCCAGAACAUUACUGGGAUCCAGUUUUUGGCAUCUGUGUCUUCCUCUUCUCUUUUGUAAUCCCCGUACUCAUCAUCACUAUCUGCUACAGCCUGAUGAUCAGGCGACUGAAGAAGGUGCGGGUGCUCUCUGGCUCCAAAGAAAAGGACCGCAAUCUACGCAGGAUCACCCGUCUGGUAAUGGUGGUUGUCGCUGUGUUCAUUAUAUGCUGGACCCCCAUCCAGAUCUUUGUCCUAGUGCAGAGUCUUGGUGCCAAGCCUGACAGUGAUCUCAAGGUGGCCAUUCUUCACUUCUGCAUUGCCCUUGGAUACGUCAACAGCAGCCUGAACCCUGUUCUCUAUGCAUUCCUGGAUGAGAACUUUAAGGCUUGCUUCAAGAAGUUCUGUUUCCCCGCUGCCUUCCGCCCUGAGUUGCAGAUGUCCAACCGCAUGUGUAGCAUUGCCAAAGAUGUUGCUUAUGCUUGCAAGAUCUCAGAUGGACCGAACAAUCCAGCAUGACUAGGCAUGGAAUUGCCCAUGAUGGGGACAGAUUUAGACCAAGGGGUCAGUAGUCCAACGGCAGAACUGACACAAAUUACAGCCUUGUGACCCAGAUGAUGGAGGUGUUGCCAAUGACACCUCCUCCUUGGAUCAAAGCAAAAUUGAAGGAAGCUGUGAGCUUCAAGUCCUACACCAAUAGUGGGACAGUGUCCACCUUACACAGGGGGGACUGAUGUGAAUGUUGGACACCUCAAACUUGUCCGCUGCUUCAGAGAUCCCAGUUGUGCUGCAUAUCUUCUAUACUGGCUGUCCAGGUUACCUUUCAUCUUAGGAUACUUGGUCGUGGCCUUCAGUUUUAAUGUGCUUUCAGGAUUAAGACCUGAACCAAAAUCUUGAUUGUUCUAGAGGCUUUUGUUUCAUUUGCCCCAAGGAACAAGACUGUCUGAAUCAUGUGUGUCACCCCCAAAAUUGUAUAUUUAGCUUUUAAUUAAUGUAUAUAAGAUUGGUAUGUGUCUAUCUAUAUACAUAUACACAC